CCCCGGAACGACUCCCACACUGCCUCAGCGACGCCGCACGCCAGCACGGUUUCUCUCUUAAAAUAACAUCUACCUCAGAGUCCUGUGGCCGCUGACCCGCGCGUGCACGUGCGCGUGUGCCCGAGAGAAGCGUUUCUGCAGUGCGAUGCUGACAACAUGUUUCCUCGUCGAGAAGACCAGCGCCGUGCAGCGUAGAGGAGCAGCGUGCACAGUCACAGCGGGCUGUUGCAGUCAGGCAGCAUCAUGGAGGCUGGAUGUGUGGUUGCCGCGGUGAUUGAGAAUGCUGCCUCAGGACCCCAUCGUCAACCAGGAAGUGGUGACGUCCUUGAGGGAGAUGUCCUACCAUCUACUGACCUGGACAAAGACAAUGCCUUACCUCAAGAAACCAACAAUAUUCCUCCAGAAGAGAAACCGCCACGGGAGACUUCCACUGCCAUGGUGAGUAGUGAUGACAUCACAGAGCACCCGGCCGAGCCCCUCCUGCGCUCCUGCGUCAGCACGGCAAGCAUGAAGGUCAAGAACGUGAAGAAGCUGACAUUCCCCAGAGGACACUUCCCCAGGUUGGCAGAGUGUGCCCAUUUCCACUAUGAGACUGUUGACUUUGGCAAUGUACAGCUGGCUUUCGCAGAGGGGCAGAGUGAAGGACCGAAGGCUGGUCUGGACUCCAAAGAGCUGGUCUUUCUGGUCCAGAUCACCUGCCAGAGUCGAAACUGGCUGGUGAAGAGAUCCUAUGAAGACUUCCGUGUGCUGGACAAACACCUGCACCUGUGUAUCUAUGACCGCCGUUACUCCCAGCUCACCGAGCUGCCACGAUACGACGCGUUAAAGGACACCGUUGAGUCAGGAACCAAGAUGCUGGCCACCUACCUGUCCCGCUUCUCCGCCAUAGCUGACAACAAGAUCAACUGCGGUCCAGUGCUAACAUGGAUGGAGAUUGACAACAAGGGGAACCACCUUCUGGUGUCUGAGGAAUCCUCAAUCAAUGUUCCUGCCAUUGCUGCUGCCCACGUCACCAAACGCUACACAGCCCAGGCCACAGACGAGUUGACCUUUGAGGUGGGGGACAUUGUGUCGGUCAUAGACAUGCCACCUAAAGAAGACACAGGCUGGUGGAGAGGAAAACAUGGCUUUCAGGUCGGUUUCUUCCCCUGCGACUGUGUUGAGCUGAUAAAUGACAAGAUUCCCCCCAGUGUUCAGAGCUCGGUGCCGAAGCCAGUGUGUAAGAAGCAUGGGAAGCUUGUAACUUUCCUGAGGACUUUCAUGAAGUCUCGCCCGCCGCCUCAGAAGCUGCGACAGCGCGGUAUCCUCAAAGAGAGAGUGUUUGGCUGUGACCUGGGGGAAUAUCUGCACAACUCAGGACAUGAGGUCCCACAGGUUGUUAAGAGCUGUGCUGACUUCAUAGAGAAACAUGGAGUUGUGGACGGGAUCUACAGACUGUCUGGGAUCUCCUCCAACAUCCAGAAGCUGAGGCACGAGUUUGACUCAGAACAGGUCCCAGACCUGAGCAGAGACGUCUUCAGACAGGACAUCCACUCAGUGGGCUCCCUCUGCAAGCUGUACUUCAGAGAGCUGCCCAACCCUCUGCUCACCUACCAGCUCUACGAAAGAUUCUCUGAGGCCGUGUCUGCAGCCACAGAUGAGGAGAGGCUGGUCAAAAUCCACAAUGUCAUCCAGCAGCUGCCUCCUCCGCACUACAGGACUCUGGAGUACCUCAUGAGACACCUCUCGUACCUGGCCACCUUCAGCCCCAUCACUAACAUGCACACUAAAAACCUGGCUAUCGUCUGGGCGCCUAACCUCCUCAGGUCCAGACAGAUCGAGUCGGCCUGUUUUAGCGGCACAGCAGCGUUCAUGGAGGUGCGUAUCCAGUCGGUGGUGGUGGAGUUCAUCCUCAAUAACACCGAGGCUCUCUUCAGCGCUAAACUCAAUGCCAUCAUACGUGAAAGCACAGGUAACAACACCCUAUCCAGACCCAAGUCCCUGAUGGUCUGCUCCCCAUCCACAAAGUUACUGUCUCUGGAGGAGGCCCAGGCUCGCACUCAGCAACAGCUGGGCUCCCCGGCCACCACCCCCUGCCUCACCCACAGCGACUACAUCGAGGUUGGGGAGGGACCCGGAGCUCUGCUCGGCAAGUUCCACACCGUCAUCGAGCUCCCGAUGGAGAGUGGAAAGCGGCCUCCUGUUAAGGCUAAGAAGUCUCCUGUGGGGAACUGGCUUUCCUUUUUCCACCUGGGCAAGUCCCACUCUGUGUCCAAGCGUAAACUGAAGCGACACCCCAGCGAGCCUAACGAGAUAAAGAGCAUUGCACUGCCAGGUGGAAGAGGAGAUAGCGGCACAUUGCGCUCCACCAAAAGUGAGGAAUCUCUCACCUCUUUGCAUAAUGUGGAAGGGGAGCCCCCGAGUUACCGCCCCCGCAGACCUCGUUCGACUAGUGAGGCCGUUUCUGGCAUCUGUAGAGACGACGUACGCGACGCCAGAAGUAAAGAUGACCACAGGACCCAUCCACUAAAUGGGAGUCAUAGUGGUGCUGAUCGCAUCCGCACAGCAGCAUGUAUUUCACCACCGCACCAGGAGGACGAUCUGGAUCUUUGUCCGCCAGCUGCAGGCAUCUAUAGUUUGGACUUUGACCCAAUGUCUUUUCAGUGCAGCCCACACUCAGCGACGCCUGGGCUGCAACACAAGGAUGUAAAUAAAUGGAAGAAGAGCACAGGCUGUUCUAGUGAAUCAGAGCCCAUCUCCUCUGCUAACAACAACAUUAUCGGCUUUCAAUCUCCCGAUAUUAGCCCUUUUCUCGGUAAGGGUGGGAAGAAGGUUACCCCCAAGCAGCUCUCUCCUAAACUCAGGAAGAAAUCAUUUAAGAUGCAGGCAGACGUUCAGAAUGCAUCUGCCUGUCCUCCACCUCUUCCUUCUUCUUCUCCCCCAGCAGAGAAGUGUGAAGCUCCACUGAAAGAUGGGAAGGAGACAAGAGCGCCAUACCCACAUUACAGCCCACUCAGCACAGCGAGCCAGGGCUCAGCCCUGACCGACCUCAGUCAGUCUGCACAGAACCUGCCUGAUCCAGGAACAGAUAGACUUAUGAGUUCAGUGUCUGUUCUCCCUCCUCACCCUCCCUUGACGAGUGCUGCACGCAAGUUGGCGUUGGCUCUGGCUGAAUCUGCCCACCAGGCCAGCAGUGGUUCCCAGAGAAGAGGCAACGUCCCAUCCCAACCCCUCCAGAGACCGGAGGUUCCUCACGCCCAGGACAGACCGUCCCGGCCCUCUGUUCUGGAUCUUAAAGUGUACCCCCAGGAGUACCGCGGCCCUCACGCCUCCUCUGUUUCCCAGUGGCAAACAUCAACGCAUGGCCCUGUAGAGAGCCCCGGCCGCCCUCGUCCUGUUCAUUUCAUACCGGCCCACCUCGGCUCUGAGCCGUUGCAGGUCAUUGAUGGGAAGGAAAGCAUGUGCAAUUUCACGCCUAACGUCAGCCCGCUCGGGUCAGGGAGCUUGGAUGAAGGCAGUUCAGAGAGGAGGGACCGCAGGGUGGAAAAAGAACUUGCCACACAAGCGGAACCCACCUAUCAGAGCGUUGGGGUGUCAACACCCACCCAACCUGUCUGCUCCGCUCAGAGCCCGUCAACUUCUCCUGUAUAUGUGAACACAGACUCCAUCAAUGUAUAUAAUUUCCGCGCUGUUCUGGCGGAGACCUCCAUGCCUGCCUCAAUCGAGGAGGUCAUUCCACGUCCAUUACAGUCCCCCUCAACCCAUCACUACAGCCCUGAGGACGACAGACCUCUUGGCCUGGUUGAGGAUGUCUAUGGCAAUCAUCAUCACCGCCAUCGGCCGAUUCAAACAGGUCGAAUGCCUGCACCUCACUGCCCUCGGCCUGAUGCUCUGCCACAUCUCAUUUUGGGGCCAAAUAACAUGUACAGGCAGUCCUCUGAAGGCCGCUACAGCACUUUAGGGUUAAGGCAACCUUUGUCACCUCAGUACGGACGUUACCCCAGAGAUGAGCACCUCAUCAGUGGCGGCCACAGGCAACCAGGCCAAUGCCAGAGGUCAGAAGAUAGAGUAGUCGGGCACCCAGCCAUUCGGAGGGCUCGCUCCUUCCACGCCCCUCAGAUUAGUCACUACGAGCUGGCAGAGGCAGAAGUCCUUCCCCCUGACACCAUGUUUUAUGUCGAGCAGACGUCGAGCCAGGACGCGCCCUAUCAGAGGCUGAUUCAGACCGGCGUUCACCCCGUCCGGCAGCAGUUUGAGAACACGCAUGCAGAUUACCGUUACAGCCCCUAUUCUGAAAUUAACCCAGCGGACGGCUCCGGCUGUUAUGGAGAGCCAUGCAGACAAAGCGGCAUCCGGCACAGUCAGUCUUACACCAUGCGUUCCACAAGGGAAAGCGGACCGUCGGAUUACUACAACUACUCUCCACGCCGCGUCCCUCCUGGUAACAGGGAGCUUUACAUAGAGAGCAGGGACACUGUCGUUUACGAGGCCAGAGAUGCAGAAGUUUUUGAGAGAGUCCUUUAUCAACCGGUCAAGCAGGAGAGUAAAUCCAGGCGUAAAAAUACAUGUCAGAACGUGUCUCCUUAUGAGAGCCCUGUCUCGUCGACAGACACAAGAAACAGAGACAUAAUGCACACAAGAAGCAAGUCAGACCCUGGAAACGCCUGCCUCCUGUCUGCUACGAGGACAGAGAACCAAAAUGUGGAAGCUGCAUCCCCGAACUCCCAUCGGUCUCAAAAGGCAGACCCCGAAGUCGUCAGGCAGCACUAUGGUUACCGGUCAAGUGCUGACCCAGGACCAUCCAGGCGGAUUCAGAUCAAAGAGACCUCCUCGCAGCAACCUCCGCUACGCAAAGUCCCCUCGCUUCCAGAAAGGGGCUGUCCUAACAUCGAGCGGAGUAACAGAAGCCAAGCACGAGUGCAUGACCAGGAUCGAUUCCUAAUGACCAACGCUGUCAACAGCUGCUCUGGUGUUGUGAAACCCGGCAUCCUCAGGAGGCCGGGGAGGUCGCAGAGCACCAGAGAAAACCGUCACUACUAUCAUUACCACGGCAAAUCCCCGUUGGAUCCUGAACAUCCGGGAUCCUUUUCCACUCAGCCCAACAGAAGGACUCAGAGCACUAAAGUCAGACCCACACAAUAUGACCACAAGGAGGGGUAUUACGCAGCGCCCAGACUUAAACCCACAAGAUCCGGUAAAGCCGUGGCUGGAUAUUUGCCCGGCCAGGGCUGCAUGUCUCCCCGCGGCCAGAGACUGCUGUCAAAGGCUCUGGGUCAGGAGGCUUUUUAUCAUGCUGCACUGAGAUCAGAGGCCGGGGUUUACGACUGAUUGUGAGCACUGGUUUUAUCCGAUUCCACAUUGGGGCCAAAGGAGAACAGCACUUUAUCCUCUGCCGGACCAACAGACUGUUGUGUUGAAAGUGUGUUUGUUUUAACCGUCAGGAGCUGCUAAAAAGUGUGACGUGAGGCUGCUGCUGGAGAAAAUACUGUCGCCCUCACUGGGAAUUUCACAUUUUGCAACAGCUUUUGAGGGAGCUCAAAGGGAACAAGUGAACCGUAUGCAGAUAUUGUCUUAAAUUUAUUUGAAAGUAACGCUAAGAGAAACGAGUGAAAACGAUGGCUUAUAUAUUUUAUUUAAUGUCUAAACAACAAGAAAUGCCAAGCUAAAGUGUCUGGUUUUAUUAAUAUGAUUACAGUAAAUACAUGUAAAAAAAAAUAACAUUCAUUUUAAAUGUAUUAUAUUUGUAUAAAUAACACACCGCUAACAUGUGGCUAAUGUACUGUACAUUUUGUUUUCUAUUCUAGUCUGCUCAGACUUCAACAAGCACUUUUGAGGAUAACAGUGUAUGAAACACAUUGUCUUAAUGUGGUGUACAUGAAGCCUCUUGAUAAACAGUAUAUAUUUUUUUUCUGUAAGAAACAGCUUGCUCGAAUCAUAAUUUAAUACUAAAUUAGCACUUUUGGGGGGUAAAUGGGAAAAUAACCUCAUGGUUUCUAACUUUUCUUUAUCACACAUUGUAUAAUGCAAUCUUAAGAUAACAAUGCGUGCUAUGAUUUUGGUAAAAGCUACCAUGCUAUGAAAUAUGCUACACAUACAGUAAAGGCAAUUUAGUUCAUUCAGUGAAAAAGUGUAUUUUGUAUGGCAUUGUGGCUGUCACAAAAAAUGAAUUUCUUUUCUCUUUUAGGGAACUUUUAAAGUGAUGUUUUACAUUAAAUAUGAUGUUGUUUUAUUCAUUAAAGAGGCUGUUUCAAAUCCAAACAUGUACAUGAGGAUAUUCUGUUAAAGACAUGCGU